AUGCGCGACGUCGCGGACGACCUCGGAUGGGGCGACGCGUUCGAGGACUCGGACGCGAGCGACGCCGGCGCGGAGAGCGACGCGAGCGCGAGCGACGACGACGGACGAACCGCGACGGCGACGACGACGACGACGCGCGACGCGGCGGCGUCGCGAAUCGCGAGCGCGUCGGCGACGACGGCGACGACGACGCGCGAGGGCGCGCGCGUCGGGACGAUCGGACCCGAACUCGCGGCGCUGCGCGCGGCGCAGGGCGAGACGAGGGAACACUACACGAUGUCGCACUACGAUCGGUUGUACGGGUGCGAGCGACGGUGGCGACGAGACGCGCGCGGGAGUAAGACGUGGUGCAAGGACGUGCACGACGCGGGGUGUCGAGAGUGCACGACGUGCCACUUUUGUAGACAAAAGACGACGGACGCGAAGACGACGUGCGUGUGCGGAACGUGGCGGAGAGCGCCGGAGGGAGGACGGGGGCGAGGGACGUGGUGCGGGUGGUGCCUGGAGAUGCGCGUGGGGGAAAAUUUGGACGAGGCGAUGGCGGAUGCGGAGUGGCGGUGUCCGGUGUGUCGGGAUAUAUGCAAUUGUAGCGGGGCGAAUUGCUUGCGGGCGAAGCGGAAUUUGUUCCCGACGCAACAGUUGACGGGCGAGGCUUUGGCGUACGGGUGGCCGUCGGUGGCGCAUUACUUGAUCACGACCGCCAUCGUGAGUGGGCGAGACGCACCGCCGAUGUUGGACUUGCCCGCGGCGUACACGGAACGGCAGCGAAGACAGCGUGAUCCCGCCGCGGCGGGUGGCGGCGGCGGAAGCGGUCGCGGCACCAUUCCGGGACUCUUCGGCGCGCGCUCGAACAAAGAGGCGCAAGCCAUCGCCUUGCGCGCAAAAGUCGCGGCGAGUGUGCGCGCGGCGUUCGGUGAUCUCGUUACCGAUGGGGAUCGAGGCGCCGAUGGUGACGACGAAGGCGAUCAAUCCGACGGCGCCGCCGAAGCCGCCGAAACCGGCUCGAACGCGCGGCGACGCGGCGGUCGAUCUAGGGCGCGCGGUACUCGCGGUGCCCGCGUCGGCGCGCAGCAACUAGAUGGCUAUGGAAGUUCAGAUGGUUCUGAGUUGAAUUCUUCCGACAGCGAGGGUGAUGUCGAAACUGCCACCACGCCGGACGUCGUCGCGCGCGAUGCCGAGCCGGUCGACGUCGCGAUGGUCGCAGCGCCGCCGCGUUCGGAUCACGUCACCGGGCACGUUCGAUCCUACGCGGCGACGUCGACGGCGCGCGAAGGGUCGGUCGCGCAACGUGUGCCAAAACAGAAGCGCGCGCGGACGGAUUAUGGACCCGCUCCUGAUCGCCGCGAGGACGAAGAGUGGCGUUCCGACGACGAAGGCGCGUCUGGCGCAGACUUUGUUCACGUACCUCGGGAACAACGUCACGUCGUUGAUGCCGUGCACGAAGACGACGGAGAUCGGAUUGAACGCAGAACGCGCGAGCCAUCGACGUCGCGUCCUGGCGUGGCGACGCACACGACAGAGUACGGCGAGACAGUCGUCGUUCGACAGGGCGACGUCGCGCCGCCGACGGCGCGUCGUCGUCGUCGUCGACGAGUUCCCAGACCGACUGAAGCGGAACAGUUUGCGACAGUCAAUCCGGAAGUCGUUGAGGCUGCACAGAGCCGCGCCGUACACGCCGCCGCGCAAGAAGAGGACGAGGAAACUCGCGCCGCGCAGGGUGAAGGCGCGUGCGCGCAAAUUUUGCGUGACCUUCGAGACGGGGCGCGAGAUGAGUUUCAGUUCAGGGACGCGUUGGUGUGCUCCAACCAAGCCCUUCGCGGCGCAAUGGUCGAGACAGACUCUGGUAUUGUGGUCGACGAGAGCGAGCUGCGAGCGUUUUGCGCCCUCGUCGUGCGCAUCGCUCGCGUUGCGCCGAGGACGCCCGCAGGUUUACAAAUAAUUUCCGACGCGCGAGAGACGCUCGCAGAUCCAGAAACGUUUCGCGCGCAUCAAAGUACUGCGCGCGCCGUCGUGCUCAGGGCGCUACUGCGCUGUAGUGAUCACGCGGCGUAUCAGGGUGUCCACGUCGGCGAGUCGCUCAUUCAGUUGCUCACGCUCUUGGCUGAGCUCGGUCAGGAGUAUUGCAUGAUUCGCGAAUACAUACAAGCCAAGUCGGGCGAAACGCCACCGGAAUUACCGACGUAUAUUCAAGCAUCGAUCCACGAACUUGCAGCUGUCGAUGCCGAGGGCGAAAAUCAGACGACUAAAGAAGACCAAGUCGCCCUGCUUUUGCUGGAAAGACUCGAAGCGGCGCACGUUUUGCUGUACGCAUCCAUGGCUGCGCUUCGUCGAUCUGUGCGAGGACCACCUUUGGCGGGCCGCGAAGAGCUCUUCUGCCCGACGCUCGCUGCGUUUCUCGACCCGAGCUAUCCGUUCAAAGUUAAAUUGAGGAAGCAAGCGCUACGUUUGAUCGCCGCCGCCGUCACCGCGGCCACGCGUGAUUGGGGAGAUCCAAAAUCACCCGAGACGUUGGCUUUGGCUAAGAAUGCGAGCGAACACAUAUGGCCGGCGCUUUCGAAUUUACUCGCUCUAGAUUUCCCGGCGCGCUCGAACUCGCCAGUGACAACUGUUGGUGGUUCUGGAGUCACGCGAGCGGCUAUCGAAGGCUCGGCUCGGCUCAUCGCCCUGCUGCUUCGGUCUGGCGUUUGGACGUGGAGCCAAGCGGAGACAGCCGUCGUGGCUCCGCACACGCCGGCAACUUUUUGGCGGUUGGCAGGCGCGCCGUAUCGAGCGUUCGCGUAUCGACUUUAUUCACGAUUACUCGACGUCACGCCGAUUUAUUACGGCGGUAUCGGUGCCCCACUUCUAAAGUUGUGGGUCCUUGCGACGAUGGAUCCCGCCGCCGGGGAAUCUGGCGCGACCGGCAUCAGUCGAGCCCGCGCGAGAAUCACCAGAGCCGCGAAACGACAUCCCAUUUUGUUCCCCGCUUUCCCUGCGAGCGAAAAGCUGGAAGGGUGCGACAAGUCGGACAACGCAUCGUUACACAAGCGCGCGCGUUGGGUGGCGGAAGUGCUGCACCAGGCGGCGACGACGGCGGUUUCGCCCAAGGUUCGAGUAUCAGCCGUCGCCGCGUCGAACGCCUUCUGGGAUGCGCUCCCGUGUCGCGAAGCCGAAGUUCGGGGAAAGCACAGUGAAAGUGCAUUCAUGGGUGCGAGUGCUUUGAUUCUCACGACGGCGGUGUCUCAUCUGUCGGACGCUUUCUUGGCGCCACCGCCGCCAAAACUCGUGCCCAUGCUUUGCAAGACGGUGGAGUUGAGCUCGACGAGAGGUGGGCGUCAAUCGGAAGCUCGCGCUGAAACAUUGGCGCACGCUAUGCUGACGGUCGCCUUGAAGUUUGAUCCCCGCGACGUCACAAUGCUGACGACGCUUGUCGCGAUAUUGCACGAGACGAUGGAACGACCGCGAGCGACGGAUGCCGACGACGCCAUCGGCGCCAUUUGGGCGGCGCUCGACGCCACCGAUUCUUUGCACGUGAGUUUAGGAAUUGCCAGCGAAAAGGUCGUCGCGCUUCGCGAGUUCGUCAUCACCUCGUGCGCAAAACGAUCGAUAGAGCGCGCGAGAUACACGGCGUCGAGCAAAGCUGGCACGCAAGCCGCGAAGGGAUGGGCGCUCGCGCUCGCGCUUUUGACGAAGAAGAGUUCUGAAGCCACGUGGCUGCGAGCGCUUAUGCCGUCGAUUUUGGACGCGCUUCAGCCACCUGCGGUCGCCAUCGGUAAAAGUGCGGCACCGCCACCGAUUUCAACAUCGGAUACGAGUAUUCGUGCAGCGCUCUAUCGCUUACUCAUCGACGCAGUGACGCACCAUCCAGAUCUCACGGCGCGCGUCGACGGCGAUGUGGUGGCAUCUACGGAGCCCGAAAACGUCUUCUUCAUCGCGAUAAUGCGAGCGGCGAUCGGUGAAAUCGCAUACGCGCUCGGUGGCGCAGAGCAAAGCAAGGGCUUCAUGCCACUCAGCGAGAUGGAUCGCAACGCCGCCGGUCGCCGGCUGCGAGGCGUGUUGGGCGCGACGCCGUCUGCGACGACGCACGCUUUGGAGGAAGUUUACCGCUCGUUCAAGCCACCGGUGGAAACUUUGGCCGAUGCGCGAGAAACUGACGUCGAGCAAGCGUCGCCGACGGCCACGGCUGUGGCCGCGCUCAAGUUUAUAUCAGCCUUCGCGAUUUCGACACCCGCGGCGACGCGGCUCGUAAAGACGCACGUCUUGUCGCCCAUCAAAGCGGCCAUGAAGAGGAAAGAAUCGCACGCCAGACGCGCGCUCGUUUCUCACGUGAACGAUCUUUGGGCGGGCGUCGGGCUCAUUCAGCACAGUUCAAAAGAGAACACCGUACCGUUGUCGGCGCCGCCGACGCCCGCCGCGAAGCGUUUGGAAAUUCCCCAAGCGGCGUGGCCCGCAGGGGCGGCGGAACCGUGCGCGUUUGCCUCGAUCGCAAGCAAGCCGCCGGGGACGUCGAUAAACGUCAUCGGGCAACUCAUCAAGCGCGAGCCCGCGAACGGAGUGGCUGUGAAAGAGAAUCCAAAGACUGGGAAGAAGUUUGACAUGUUGUUCGUGACGCUCUGCGAUCACGCCGGCGACGAGCUUCGCGUGCAGUUGAUCGGCGCGAGCGCGAAGAAGUGCGCGGCCGCGCUCGACGUGGACGGUAUGCCGAGUGACAUCCCUCUCGGAUUCGUGGGCUUGAAGGCGAAGGGCGCGAUGGCGUGGGACCCGAAAGAAACCGCUUCGCUGGUUGUGAAUCCCGCGACAGCGUGA